AUGACAGAGGAAGCUUUAUUCAAAUCUCUUGCACACUCACAUGAACUAAACUCUAUAGAUCUUGAUGACAUUCACCUUCCAAACUUGCCAAGACCGCCAAAGGCCUUCAGAGGAAUCCGCAAGAAGAGCUCUUCGUUGAAACGUUGGCUUGCUAGUGCACGACUAAACCAUGACAUUCAGCCACUAACCAUGACUCCAUGA